CUCCCCGAGUUGAGCGCGAGAGACGGGAGAGCGCAAAUCUGUCGGUGAUCCUUUCGUUCGUAUCCGACUGGCUUUUCGGGGUAGCGUGUGCGCGUUCGCGCAAUUAUCACAGCACGAAAGACUGUUGUGCUUGUGGGAAAACAUAUUACGCUUUACCGUCAGUUGAAGGUAAAGGAGGGAAAACGAAGAAAUAGCAAGGAACGGAGAAAACAAAGAAAGAAGGAGAAAGAGAGAGGGAGUAAGGCACACGCUGGAAAGAACUCACUGGCAGCACUCGAGCGUGUGCGUGCGUGUGUGUUCGCGCGCGCGCUCUGUGGGAUAACGGCGAUCGGCCGUACUCUGGUGACAAGAGCCCAUGAACUCUUUCGCGAGCACCGAAGAAUUCCUCCUCCUUUUGCUCCCCUCCAUCUUCCUUCCCGUACGUAUAAACUUAGACGAUUUCGCGCGUCUAUGCGUCUUCUCUCUUCUUUUUCAUUUUCGUCGAGCCGUCCACGUUUCUCCACUCUGGUUACAUCUAAAGGGAAACUAUACGUAACAAGAGAAAACGAGAGAGAAAGAGUAAGAGAGAGAGAGAGAGAGAGAGAAAGAUUAAGGAAGAUAGAAAGUAAUCUCGAAUCGUGCAAAAGUUGUGAUUUCGCACGCGGCUUGACCGUUUCUGUAAUGGAGGAACAGUCAUCAGUGUGUGUUGUCGUCGCCGUCGUGCGUAAAGAGGACGGUUGCCACGGCGAUGAUCGUCGGUGUGGCUGAAACUGGAGGGAUAUUUUUUUAUUCCUUUCGGAUUAACGUGCUGCCUGGCCGGCCGGCCGGGUAACUGACAAGGACAGUGCGAAAUUUUGAUAUGGGAUCGUCCAGGGUCUUCGACUCGGCUCGGCCUUGCAACUAUCUGUGACAACCACUGGCCGCUUUGAGUAGUGAGAGAGGAAGGAGAUACGUAGUUAAGCUAGGUACUUACAGGAGCAGAAAGAAGAGAGAUAGAGAGUGCGUGAUGCAGAAGAGAGACGGCAGGGAUGGCCGCGAGAAGGAGCUUGGCCGUGGCUCCGAUCGUGAUCAGCAGGACGCGGCGAAAAGGGCCUCCCGUGGUAGUGGAAACGCCACGAGGUCCAAUGUCCAUUCCUCGAGGCAUAGUGUCACCUCUUCGUCCGCUGUGCUGAUGGUCGGCCCGAACUUUCGGGUCGGCAAGAAAAUCGGCUGUGGUAACUUCGGGGAACUUCGACUUGGGAAGAACCUCUACAAUAACGAGCACGUAGCAAUAAAAAUGGAACCAAUGAAGUCAAAGGCGCCACAGCUACAUUUAGAAUAUAGGUUUUACAAAUUAUUAGGUACACAUGUUAACAAUGUUCGUGCAGAGGGUAUACCGGAGGUGUAUUACUUUGGCCCAUGUGGGAAGUACAACGCUCUGGUAAUGGAACUUCUCGGACCAAGCCUAGAAGAUCUCUUUGACCUCUGUGGGAGAAGGUUUACCCUCAAGACCGUUCUUAACAUUGCCACACAACUUCUCCAUAGGAUAGAGUACGUCCACAGUCGACAUUUGAUUUAUCGUGAUAUCAAGCCAGAGAAUUUCUUGAUAGGACGAUGUACGACUAAACGAGAGAAAAUUAUUCACAUAAUCGAUUUCGGAUUGGCCAAAGAGUAUAUAGAUCUGGAAACGAAUAAGCACAUACCUUACCGGGAACACAAGAGUCUUACUGGAACGGCGCGUUAUAUGAGUAUCAACACCCACCUUGGAAAAGAGCAAAGUAGAAGAGACGAUCUGGAGGCGUUAGGACACAUGUUUAUGUACUUUCUACGUGGUAGUUUACCUUGGCAAGGACUCAGAGCUGAAACGUUAAAGGAACGAUAUCAGAAAAUUGGGGAUACGAAAAGAGCAACACCAAUUGAGGUUCUUUGCGAUGGACAUCCUGAGGAGAUGGCCACGUAUCUUAGAUACGUACGCAGGUUGGACUUUUUUGAGACACCUGAUUACGAGUACCUGAGGAAAAUCUUCCUUGAUCUCUACGAGAGACGAGGCUUCGUCAACGACGGCGAGUUCGAUUGGACCGGCAAGACAAUGCCACCCAACUUCGAGCAGCUCAGGGUGUUGAGACUUGCAGCGCCUUCUCAUGUCGAGAAACACAAGUCAGACAAGUCAACACCAGUUGGAUCGCUACAAACGGGCCACGAAAUCAUCGUAUCACCAAAUCGCGAUCGGCAUCCAACAACAACGUAUAAGGACGCGACAGGUGGAGGGGCGGGGGGCGGGGGCGUAAUAGUCACAUGGCCAGAUGCAGUGAAGCAAUCAGGAGCCGGUGGUACAUUGACACCUGCUGAUAGGCAUGGCUCCGUUCAGACAAAGCAACAAUGGAUUAUGGUUGUUUCAUCGACGAACGGAGAAUUGGCUAACGAUGACCCAACUGCUGGUCAUUCUAACACACCAAUUACAGCACCACAAGAAGUGGAUAUGAUCGAUGAAACCAAUGUUUGCUUCAUUUCCAGAUGCUGUUGCUUCUUCAAGCGGAAGAAGAAGAAAAGUGGAAGGCAGAAAUAACUGUCCGAUACCGUCGGUCUUGGGCGGUCAGUACAACAGUGCGCGAGUAAUAGUGCUGACGAAUUUGGAAAUCGAGUCCCUGGAACGGCGAAAAUCUGCAAAAGCGGAGAAGACGGCGGAGGAGACGAAGGUGAUGUUGGUGAUGGUGGUGAUGGUGAUAGUAGGGAUGGUGCUCUGGAAGGGGAUACUUCUACUAUUGCUGCUGCUGUUGAUGCCGUUGCUGUUACUGCUGUCGUUGCUAGUACUACUGCUGUUACUACCGUCGUUGGAGCAACCGGGGAUCCUGAAAACGAAGUUAUCACUCUUUUACGUGCUGGAAGUAGAUCAGCUUCGAGAGACUUGGUGCUGCAUACCACUGUAACAUUGACACCUACACCGACUCCGCCACCACCGUUAUCAAAUUGAGCCACCACACAGCCAUUAUUAUUGCUGCUAUUACUAUUAUUAUCAUUAUUAUUAUUUUUAUUUUUAUUUUUAUUUUUAUUUUUAUU